UCCGGGGCCGCCCGGCGUGGUCGUGGUCGUGCUGGCGGCGGCGGGGGUGACGUCCUGCGGCUCCCCCGGCGCCGCUUCCGUCACAGCGGCGGGAGGCGCCCGCCCGUGCGUAACGGUGGCACGAUGUAGCGGCGUGCCGCGCCAUUCCCUCCUCCGUUUCCAGGCAACGAGGGCCGGGCGGAAGUUUCGCGGUGUCAGGGCCCGCGCGCGGGAGAUUUUGGCGGGCCCGGGAAGAUCUUGGCGGCCGUGAGGCGGCUGCGCUGCUGCAUGCAUCGGGGGGGUGCUCCGCCAGUGGCUGGGCGCUAUGGGAAGCAGGUGGGAGAUGGAAGACUUCUGGCUGUACGUGGGGGCCCUGGGCUUUGACCCGGGCGCUGGCAAUGCCAGCUCGGGUCUCGGAGGGGUGGCGUUUGAUGCAUCGUACACCCAGUUUCUCGCCAUUGCCCACUUCAUCUUUACUAAGCUGGAUCAGAACCUUGCAGAGGAAAGUUUAAAAAACUGUGGCUAUUCAUUAUUCUUUGCAGUGCCUCAGUUUUGGAAGAAUUACUGUAGACGGCUAAAAGAUAUGGCAGAUGAAGAUGAAGGCUGUGUUCUACAAAUUCCAGCUUCUGUAUUUAGUUUUCCUCUUGGUCCUAAGCUCAUUCAUAUGUUCUAUCAGUUGGCAAGACGUGUAGUGAUUAAGGAGCUGAAAAAUGACUCUGUAGGGACUGAUGUACCUUUUGCUGUAGAGUUGAGCCCUGAGUAUAUGUACAUGGCAGAUGUAAGACACAGAGUUGCAUACAAUAAACUUCUGGCAGUUUUUCAAAGGGAAGAUUUUGUUCUUCAGGAAUAUGAGGAGAAAGCACAAAUUUUAAUUAAAGAAAGAAAGCGGAUAGAGUCUGAAUAUGCAGUCCUGAAGAUGCAGUUUUGCAAGACAGAACAACAUGACCAAAACAAAACUGAUAGAACUGAGAAAAUAAAGAAGGUCCGCAGUAUGUGGACACUUGUAAUAGAAAUGCUUGCAUCUCUGAAAAAAGAAAAGGAAGAAGUGGAUUCUGUACUUGAUGUACUUGAAGAUUGUGCUGGUCAGUGCGUUUUAGAUGGAGCUAAUGUUUUCAGUGUUCCCAGGCUGUUGUGUGACAGAGUCAAGAGUGAUGGAUGCCAACAUUGCACAGGAAAUAUAUAUGAAGCUGAAAACCUGAAUUUCUUAACAGUCAUUAAGUUAUUAAAUGAAGCCCAGAGGGCACUGAGAGAUGAACAUUGUCAGUGUGAUUUAAGUCAGCUGCUUCAGUUCACUGAGAACAGUAUUAUGCUCUGCAAUGAACUACUACAGAAUUUGGAAGCGAACAGGGUGAAAACAGAGCAACAGGAUCUUUUGUCAACAAGAGGAUCUAUUUCUAGAAAACAGGAGGACUGGAAAGUGAUGUGGGAAAACUUUCUUGGCCAGUGUCCUUUUAAUUUAAUCUUAGAUCAGAGUCCUGUACUUGGUUUAUUAAGAGCUUUGCCACCCUGUUCUGAUGUUGCAGAAGAAGAAGAUGAGAAUAUCGACUUUAGUCCACAUCUGUUUUCAGUUUCAGAUGUUUGUGACUCUGUUGCUGAAAGACGUUCUGAGAAGGGUGACGGGGCAUUGGGAACUACGAUAGAUGAGUCAGCAGCACCAGCAACAUGCCGCCCAGGGAUCUCUUCAGUGCCUUUGGAGUUGUCAGAAGCAUCUGAAAACAGAGACCUGUUAAUUGGAAAGAACUUGCAUACUGAAACUCUGAAGGGGAAGGAAGAGCCUGUGCCUCCAGAGAUCUUAAAAGAUGAAAGGGAUGAAUCUGCCAUUUCAGAAACAUGGCAGAAUGCAGAUGAUCAUGUUAUCCAGAGAGAAUCUCCUGUCAAAAAAGAAGACCCUCUUAAGAAAUUCACAGAAGAACUGGCAGAAGAGGAGUUGCCCUUCUCUAACAUCCUGCAGGUUGCAAAAGCAGUGGUAUCUGAGUCGCCUCAGAGUGGUGAAGAAAAAGGAAUGACAAUGGAAGAUCUCAUUAGCCUACUGGCACGGAACCCAUUUUUAACAAGGAAAGAAAUUCCCCGAACUCCAGAAAAUCUAUUUAAUGAAAUUAGAAGCUCAUGGAGAAAAGCUACUGAGACUGAGGGCUCAUCAGACGUAGAGCUGGCCGAAACUGAAGUAAUGAUAGAAGUGCCAGUGGAUGCUAGACUUACAAUGCAGAAGGCAACAGACUCUAGAUUUGUGUGCUCUGUCCCUGCAUCUCCUGUACCUGACUUCGAUCCUCCCUUGUCAGAAAGCAAGUCCCCAUUAAGUUCUAUGGAAUGCAGACCUUACAAGCAGGUGAGCGGAGAUCACGUUGAAUCUCCAGUUUCAGAAACAUCGGGAAUGCAAGAGAGUGGUGAGAGAACUGAAGCACAAGAAUUAAAAUGUACUGUUUUGAACAAAAGUUCUGUAGAAGAUCCAAAGGAACAUACUUCUCAAUAUAUAAAGAGGAGCAUGAAUACUGAAGAUACUGGUUCAGAACACAACAGCAGAACAAAUGUUCUACUUUCAGACCACUGCCAGAGUUCCUCAGUGCGUGUGAUGCACACUAAACCGUUUUUAGUUUCUAUGAGUUGUGAAUCUGCCCACAUGGGAAUACUUGAGGAGACGCUUCCAGAACUUUAUAGUGCAGGUCUCAACCUAAGUGCAAGCUCACAGUCUGAUUUUGGUAUAACAGACAGCACAUACAUAACAGGUGGUUCAGAAAAUCAUGGAAAUGCUGGAACACCGAAGCUAGAUCUACAGUCCGUGUCCAGCAUCUAUGAAGUGCUGGAAGAGACUCCAUCUGGAAGUGAAGAGAAGCUGCACCAAACACAUAAUGGAGGUGAAACUGUAAUUCUUGCAACAGAAAACAGAUAUGAAUCGUGCGGCUCUCCAAAACACUUUUGUUUGGAUGAAGAAUUUACCAAGACUCCAUCACCAGAAUCUCUUAAUGAAAAAAAAAAUUCUCUGUCAUCUUUACUGGUAUCCUGUCAACAUCUGGAGGAAAUGGCAUCAAUGGUACACAAAAUCCCAUCAGACGUAGUACGUAGAUGGAAGGAUGUUUGUGACUCUGUUGCUGAAAGACGUUCUGAGAAGGGUGACGGGGCAUUGGGAACUACGAUAGAUGAGUCAGCAGCACCAGCAACAUGCCGCCCAGGGAUCUCUUCAGUGCCUUUGGAGUUGUCAGAAGCAUCUGAAAACAGAGACCUGUUAAUUGGAAAGAACUUGCAUACUGAAACUCUGAAGGGGAAGGAAGAGCCUGUGCCUCCAGAGAUCUUAAAAGAUGAAAGGGAUGAAUCUGCCAUUUCAGAAACAUGGCAGAAUGCAGAUGAUCAUGUUAUCCAGAGAGAAUCUCCUGUCAAAAAAGAAGACCCUCUUAAGAAAUUCACAGAAGAACUGGCAGAAGAGGAGUUGCCCUUCUCUAACAUCCUGCAGGUUGCAAAAGCAGUGGUAUCUGAGUCGCCUCAGAGUGGUGAAGAAAAAGGAAUGACAAUGGAAGAUCUCAUUAGCCUACUGGCACGGAACCCAUUUUUAACAAGGAAAGAAAUUCCCCGAACUCCAGAAAAUCUAUUUAAUGAAAUUAGAAGCUCAUGGAGAAAAGCUACUGAGACUGAGGGCUCAUCAGACGUAGAGCUGGCCGAAACUGAAGUAAUGAUAGAAGUGCCAGUGGAUGCUAGACUUACAAUGCAGAAGGCAACAGACUCUAGAUUUGUGUGCUCUGUCCCUGCAUCUCCUGUACCUGACUUCGAUCCUCCCUUGUCAGAAAGCAAGUCCCCAUUAAGUUCUAUGGAAUGCAGACCUUACAAGCAGGUGAGCGGAGAUCACGUUGAAUCUCCAGUUUCAGAAACAUCGGGAAUGCAAGAGAGUGGUGAGAGAACUGAAGCACAAGAAUUAAAAUGUACUGUUUUGAACAAAAGUUCUGUAGAAGAUCCAAAGGAACAUACUUCUCAAUAUAUAAAGAGGAGCAUGAAUACUGAAGAUACUGGUUCAGAACACAACAGCAGAACAAAUGUUCUACUUUCAGACCACUGCCAGAGUUCCUCAGUGCGUGUGAUGCACACUAAACCGUUUUUAGUUUCUAUGAGUUGUGAAUCUGCCCACAUGGGAAUACUUGAGGAGACGCUUCCAGAACUUUAUAGUGCAGGUCUCAACCUAAGUGCAAGCUCACAGUCUGAUUUUGGUAUAACAGACAGCACAUACAUAACAGGUGGUUCAGAAAAUCAUGGAAAUGCUGGAACACCGAAGCUAGAUCUACAGUCCGUGUCCAGCAUCUAUGAAGUGCUGGAAGAGACUCCAUCUGGAAGUGAAGAGAAGCUGCACCAAACACAUAAUGGAGGUGAAACUGUAAUUCUUGCAACAGAAAACAGAUAUGAAUCGUGCGGCUCUCCAAAACACUUUUGUUUGGAUGAAGAAUUUACCAAGACUCCAUCACCAGAAUCUCUUAAUGAAAAAAAAAAUUCUCUGUCAUCUUUACUGGUAUCCUGUCAACAUCUGGAGGAAAUGGCAUCAAUGGUACACAAAAUCCCAUCAGACGUAGUACGUAGAUGGAAGGAUGUUUGUGACUCUGUUGCUGAAAGACGUUCUGAGAAGGGUGACGGGGCAUUGGGAACUACGAUAGAUGAGUCAGCAGCACCAGCAACAUGCCGCCCAGGGAUCUCUUCAGUGCCUUUGGAGUUGUCAGAAGCAUCUGAAAACAGAGACCUGUUAAUUGGAAAGAACUUGCAUACUGAAACUCUGAAGGGGAAGGAAGAGCCUGUGCCUCCAGAGAUCUUAAAAGAUGAAAGGGAUGAAUCUGCCAUUUCAGAAACAUGGCAGAAUGCAGAUGAUCAUGUUAUCCAGAGAGAAUCUCCUGUCAAAAAAGAAGACCCUCUUAAGAAAUUCACAGAAGAACUGGCAGAAGAGGAGUUGCCCUUCUCUAACAUCCUGCAGGUUGCAAAAGCAGUGGUAUCUGAGUCGCCUCAGAGUGGUGAAGAAAAAGGAAUGACAAUGGAAGAUCUCAUUAGCCUACUGGCACGGAACCCAUUUUUAACAAGGAAAGAAAUUCCCCGAACUCCAGAAAAUCUAUUUAAUGAAAUUAGAAGCUCAUGGAGAAAAGCUACUGAGACUGAGGGCUCAUCAGACGUAGAGCUGGCCGAAACUGAAGUAAUGAUAGAAGUGCCAGUGGAUGCUAGACUUACAAUGCAGAAGGCAACAGACUCUAGAUUUGUGUGCUCUGUCCCUGCAUCUCCUGUACCUGACUUCGAUCCUCCCUUGUCAGAAAGCAAGUCCCCAUUAAGUUCUAUGGAAUGCAGACCUUACAAGCAGGUGAGCGGAGAUCACGUUGAAUCUCCAGUUUCAGAAACAUCGGGAAUGCAAGAGAGUGGUGAGAGAACUGAAGCACAAGAAUUAAAAUGUACUGUUUUGAACAAAAGUUCUGUAGAAGAUCCAAAGGAACAUACUUCUCAAUAUAUAAAGAGGAGCAUGAAUACUGAAGAUACUGGUUCAGAACACAACAGCAGAACAAAUGUUCUACUUUCAGACCACUGCCAGAGUUCCUCAGUGCGUGUGAUGCACACUAAACCGUUUUUAGUUUCUAUGAGUUGUGAAUCUGCCCACAUGGGAAUACUUGAGGAGACGCUUCCAGAACUUUAUAGUGCAGGUCUCAACCUAAGUGCAAGCUCACAGUCUGAUUUUGGUAUAACAGACAGCACAUACAUAACAGGUGGUUCAGAAAAUCAUGGAAAUGCUGGAACACCGAAGCUAGAUCUACAGUCCGUGUCCAGCAUCUAUGAAGUGCUGGAAGAGACUCCAUCUGGAAGUGAAGAGAAGCUGCACCAAACACAUAAUGGAGGUGAAACUGUAAUUCUUGCAACAGAAAACAGAUAUGAAUCGUGCGGCUCUCCAAAACACUUUUGUUUGGAUGAAGAAUUUACCAAGACUCCAUCACCAGAAUCUCUUAAUGAAAAAAAAAAUUCUCUGUCAUCUUUACUGGUAUCCUGUCAACAUCUGGAGGAAAUGGCAUCAAUGGUACACAAAAUCCCAUCAGACGUAGUACGUAGAUGGAAGGAUGUUUGUGACUCUGUUGCUGAAAGACGUUCUGAGAAGGGUGACGGGGCAUUGGGAACUACGAUAGAUGAGUCAGCAGCACCAGCAACAUGCCGCCCAGGGAUCUCUUCAGUGCCUUUGGAGUUGUCAGAAGCAUCUGAAAACAGAGACCUGUUAAUUGGAAAGAACUUGCAUACUGAAACUCUGAAGGGGAAGGAAGAGCCUGCUCCAGAGAUCUUAAAAGAUGAAAGGGAUGAAUCUGCCAUUUCAGAAACAUGGCAGAAUGCAGAUGAUCAUGUUAUCCAGAGAGAAUCUCCUGUCAAAAAAGAAGACCCUCUUAAGAAAUUCACAGAAGAACUGGCAGAAGAGGUUGCAAAAGCAGUGGUAUCUGAGUCGCCUCAGAGUGGUGAAGAAAAAGGAAUGACAAUGGAAGAUCUCAUUAGCCUACUGGCACGGAACCCAUUUUUAACAAGGAAAGAAAUUCCCCGAACUCCAGAAAAUCUAUUUAAUGAAAUUAGAAGCUCAUGGAGAAAAGCUACUGAGACUGAGGGCUCAUCAGACGUAGAGCUGGCCGAAACUGAAGUAAUGAUAGAAGUGCCAGUGGAUGCUAGACUUACAAUGCAGAAGGCAACAGACUCUAGAUUUGUGUGCUCUGUCCCUGCAUCUCCUGUACCUGACUUCGAUCCUCCCUUGUCAGAAAGCAAGUCCCCAUUAAGUUCUAUGGAAUGCAGACCUUACAAGCAGGUGAGCGGAGAUCACGUUGAAUCUCCAGUUUCAGAAACAUCGGGAAUGCAAGAGAGUGGUGAGAGAACUGAAGCACAAGAAUUAAAAUGUACUGUUUUGAACAAAAGUUCUGUAGAAGAUCCAAAGGAACAUACUUCUCAAUAUAUAAAGAGGAGCAUGAAUACUGAAGAUCUGGUCUCAGAACACAACAGCAGAACAAAUGUUCUACUUUCAGACCACUGCCAGAGUUCCUCAGUGCGUGUGAUGCACACUAAACCGUUUUUAGUUUCUAUGAGUUGUGAAUCUGCCCACAUGGGAAUACUUGAGGAGACGCUUCCAGAACUUUAUAGUGCAGGUCUCAACCUAAGUGCAAGCUCACAGUCUGAUUUUGGUAUAACAGACAGCACAUACAUAACAGGUGGUUCAGAAAAUCAUGGAAAUGCUGGAACACCGAAGCUAGAUCUACAGUCCGUGUCCAGCAUCUAUGAAGUGCUGGAAGAGACUCCAUCUGGAAGUGAAGAGAAGCUGCACCAAACACAUAAUGGAGGUGAAACUGUAAUUCUUGCAACAGAAAACAGAUAUGAAUCGUGCGGCUCUCCAAAACACUUUUGUUUGGAUGAAGAAUUUACCAAGACUCCAUCACCAGAAUCUCUUAAUGAAAAAAAAAAUUCUCUGUCAUCUUUACUGGUAUCCUGUCAACAUCUGGAGGAAAUGGCAUCAAUGGUACACAAAAUCCCAUCAGACGUAGUACGUAGAUGGAAGGGUAAGUGUCCCCGUACUUGAGCAACAAGAUUUUGUCUA